CGCGCCGCCCUCCACGCACUUCACUGAAGACUGCGAUACAGUGAGCAUCGCGAUGGAUGUACACAGAGCACGCACGAGCAACAAUCAGGAUUGUGAUAUGGAUGAAAUGGAUAUGAAAAACGGGAAAAUGCAACACCUGGAGGAGCGCGUCGACAGCGGCGUGGAUUCGCUAAAGGAGGACGAGUAUAUGAAAAUUGUGGAGGAGAUGGAGAUUUUGCGUUUUGAAGACCCGGUUGCGAAUCCAAAGGGGACAUGUGAAUCUUGGACACAAGAAGUCACUGAGGAUGGAGACACGUAUCUUCACCUUGCCAUCAUUCACGAGGCGGAAGAUUAUGCCAUCCAGAUGAUCAAACAGUGUCAGAACGACCCGUUCCUGAACAGACAGAACAACCAAAGACAGACUGCACUGCAUCUCGCCGUCAUCACAGAACAGCCACACAUGGUGGACAGACUGCUAAAGGCCGGCUGUGAUCCACGGCUGGUCGAUCAGAGUGGAAACACGGCCCUCCACAUCGCCUGCAAAAGAGGGUCACUAGCUUGCUUCUCAGUACUGACUCAGAUUCAGACCCAGCAUCUGCACUCCAUUCUCAGCUCCCCAAACUACAGCGGACACACGUGUCUCCAUAUAGCAGCUGUUAAUAACUACCUCUCAAUGGUGGAGAGGCUGGUCCAGCUCGGGGCGGAUGUAAACGCAAAGGAGCAGUGUAGCGGCCGCACGUCACUCCAUUUGGCCGUGGACCUGCAGAACCUGGAUCUGGUGCACACACUCAUUGCUCUGGGAGCUGAUGUUAACAGUCUAACCUAUGGUGGAUUCACACCGUACCACCUGACCUUCGGACGACAGAACGGCGAGAUCCAGAGGCAGCUGUACACCCGGACGGCCCAGGAGCUCAGAGCCAUGCCAGAGAGCGAAUCAGAGGAGAGCGAUGAGGAGUGUGUGUCUGAUGAAGACUGUAUGUAUGAUGACAUCCAGUUAUGUGGGAGAUAGUCUUGCCCUCAGUACAACAUUACCCAUAAUGCAAAGCAGCAAAGGCUGUAGGUGCUGUCUCAAGGUCUGGGACCCCAUAUCCUAGGACGCCAAUCCCUCGAUGGGACUCGGCUAAAGUGGAAAAGAAGAGCUGAGCUCCUCCUGAGGGCAUGAUAGCGGUGGUGCUGUUCAACAUGGAAAGAACCCCAAAGAUAGCUGGACCAAAACCGUUAAUAACAUUUUUGAAGCCAAAGAGUUGGGAAAAUAUGUAUAUUUUGUGAAUAUAUAGAGAGAUAUAUUUUUAUAUUUGUAAAUAUGUGAACCGAAACACUUGUCGAUAAUGUUUAUAGUCUAUAUAUGACACUGUGAAAGUAUUUUUUACAUUAAAAACAAAACAAAUGACAUCAA